AAUAUUUCAAAUAAAACACUUAAACCCUAUACAGUUGAAAUAGCCCAUCAUCCAUAUAUUUUGAUCAUGGCAAUUAUAUACAAAAUGCUAUGUAAGAUUUUAUGUAAAGGCUUUUUUUUGUUUGUUUGUUUUCUCACUUGGUGUCCGAUGCCCCUUUGUGGCCCGACUAAUCCGGGUUCGUGCCGAGAAGUCACACUUUGGGAAUUGGGGGUAAAUUCCUCCCUAUUAAAAGCGACUCCAUUCUCAUAGUUCGAACACGAGACCUCUGGUUAAGGAUGAAUACGGUACUCACCACCCCACCACAACCUUUGGUGGUAGGAGUUUCAUUGUAUAAAGAAUGCUAGUGCUUGAUUUUGAAAUAUAGGGGUAUAUCCAUGAUGGAUGGAUUGACGCGGCAAAUCCAAGGUGAGGUGUGAUGGUGUAUGCUUUUCGCGGAUGAUAUAGUUCUGAUUGAUGAGUGUCGCAGCGGAGUUAACUUUAAGUUGGAGGUUUGAAAACAGACCCUAGAGUCUAAAGGGUUCAGGUUGAGUAGGACCAAGACAGAAUACUUGGAGUGCAAGUUCGACGUAUCACAAGAGGUUGACAUGGAAGUGAAGUUUGGUACCCAGGCCAUUCAAAAGAAAGAAAGUUUUAAGUAUCUCGGGUCAGUUAUUCAAGGAAAUUGAGAGAUUAACGAUGAUGUCUCACAUCGUAUUGGUGUGGGGUGGAUGAAAUGGAGGGUUGAAUCCGUAGUCUUGUGUGACAAGAAGGUACCGCCAAAACUUAAAGGCAAGUUUUACAAAGCGGUGGUUAGACCAACUAUGUUGUAUGGAGCGGAGCGUUGGCCAAUCAAGAACUCUCACGUCCAGAAGAUGAAAGUUGUGGAGAUGCGGAUGCAGAUGUGUGGACAUACUAGGAGAGAUAGGAUAAGAAAUGAAGACAUCCGGGAAAAAGCGGGAGUGGCCUCUGUGGAGGAUAUGAGAUUGAGAUGGUUCGGGCAUGUGCAGAGGAGAUGCGCGGAGGCUCCAGUAUGAAGGUGUGAGAGGCUGGCUAUGGAUGGUUUUAGAAGAGGUAGAGGUAGGCCGAAGAAGUAUUGGGGAGAGGUGAUUAAACAGAACAUGGCGCAGGUCCGACUUACCAAGGACAUGUCCUUCGAUAGGAGAUUAUGGAGGUCACGUAUUAGGGUACAGGGUUGGUUAGUAGUUAAGAGUUUUUCUACUUAUCCUUGCAUACUUGUAGUUGUAGUAUUACUCUUGUAGGCCCCUGUGUUUGAUAGUAGCUUGUCAUGUCUUGUUAUACUGCUUUGGAUUGCUUGUUCUUUUUUACUACGUCGUCCUAUUAUCUUAAGUUAUUACUGCUUAUUGUUACUGAUACUUUUUCAUCUCUUUGAGCCGGGGGUCUAUUGGAAACAGCCUUCCUACCCGUCAAAAGGUAGGGGACUGGCACAUGCAAGGAUGGAACCUCGUCGCGGAAGCUACCGAAUGGCAUCUCAAGUGAACCACAACGAAGAGACAUUUGAUUCACAUUUUCCCCCAGCAACAAAAUUGGGAUCCGAAUCAAAACCUUGUGCUGCUGUUCCUAUUCGUUCUGUUGCCCCGACAGGUAAACAAAACGUGAAUGUAAAGUUCAAGGCCAAACCAGGGAAGGUUGAAAAAAACAAGGCAUCUAAAAAAGGAAUUCGUGAAAUUGUAUCAGAACUUUUGAAAGUGGAACGGCCUGAAAAUAAGCCUUCUGCCUCUAAGAAAACUAAAGGAGAAGCUAGAAGUGGAAAGACGACGAUAACAAAGAAUCCAAAUUCAGUUCACAGUGGAGCUCGUGCUGAUUUUUCUGGCCUGCCACCACCAUUUUGUUCCUGUACUGGUGUUUCUAGAAAGUGCUACAAAUGUGGAGGUGGGUGGCAAUCAUCCUGCUGCACCACCUCCUUAUCUGAGUAUCCCCUUCCUUUGAAUCCCUCAAAGCCCGGAAAUCGUGUGGCUGGGAGAAAAAUGACUAAUGGAGCAUAUAAUAAGCUUCUUUGUACCCUUGCAACUGAAGGUAGUGAUCUUUCUAAUCCAGUUGACCUGAAGAACCAUUGGGCAAAACAUGGUAGUAACAAGUUUAUUACUCUCAAGUAAACACGAGGACAGUGGACUGAAACGUAUGUAUCAACUGUAUUAUGUGUAUAUUAUUUUACUCUCCAACUGUUGUUUCGCGUUAGCAUUGUAGGAACCUUGAGUACUAGGUUGUUAAUAUGUGCAAAUUAGUACUGAUAAAUUCUGGUAAUCUCAUCAUGCUUCUCAAUGUUAGUCUUAUGGCAUUCUGGAACUCACGAUAUGUUAUGUUUAGUCUCAAUGUUCAGCGUGAAAUGUUAUGUUUAUGUCUCAGCAGUGACAAUGAUGUUUUCUAA